AACUAAAGUCGGUGAGGAGUCCAUUUCCCUUGCCUGAAAAGCGAUUUUUUCCGUCGGAGAUACGGAAGCUCUGCCGAAGGAUUGCGCUUUUACGUUAAUGGAGUCCUGACGUCAUGCAGCAAAAUCGGCGUGUUUUGGCCGCGUCCUCUCUCUAACCCCCAAACGGAGAACCCCGUUUCCGACCUCCGAACAUCAGUUUUCCCCGAGGUAGAAGUGUAGGUUGAUUUGACUAAGCUUCGACUCAAUUUGAGUGGAGAAAAUGAGAAAUUACAAGUGAUUUGUGCUGGUGAUUUACGCUUCUCCAUGAGGAUUCAGCCUAUAGAUUGUGUCUCGCCUGAUGAGCCGAUUAAGCAUGUGGCCAAGUCCCGGUUCAAGCGGCUUUUUGAGAGGCAGUUUCCAGGCCUUCUGAGGAAUUUGUCUACAGAGAAGCCUUCUGAGGAGCCGAAUUGCAGCAAAGAUGUUUCUGAUGAUUGUGAACCUAGCUCUGUUUGCUUGGCUAAGAUGGUCCAGAGUUUCAUUGAGGAGGGUGAGGAGAAGCAUCGAUGCAGCCGGAAUCUAUGCUAUGGCUUCAACAGGUGCUGUACAGACUCUGAGGAAGAAACCUCUGACUCCUGCAAUUGCUUCGGCGAAAGCAGCAAUAACUCCUCUGGAGAUGCAUGUGAAAUUCUGAAGUGCUGUAUUUGUUAUAAAUAUAGGGCAGUGUUUAUG